AAGCUCGGAGACCCAAAAGCAGCUUUAUUACCUGGGAUGAAACCUACUAUUACAUUCAAGUGUGAAAAGCCUUUGCCUAAGAUCUUUACCGGAGAAGUAGAUCUCUACACUGUCGACUUCUUGGGAUUGGAUUAUUGCGAUGCUAGGCAGGGAUAUUUGCUUGGGACUCUAACAUGCGGUCACACAAAGAGUUUCAAAACUUCGGAACUUUUGAUAAAAGAUGUGGAAACUUAUAAAAUUCUCGGUAAGUGUAAAAUACAACAAAUUAACAAGCAUUGUGUUAAUUUUACAAGUUAUUCUUCAAAAAGCAUAUAUUUUUUCAUGCACAAUUUGAAGGCUUUGCGGUGUUUGGCGUCACACUAUGACUUUGUGAUCAUCUGAUUUUAAUCAUAUUCUUUUAAUUCCACGUUCUCACGUAACAAUUUUUACUUCACCUUCCGUAGGAACGCCCAAGUCUAAAUAUACAAGGCAUUUUUUUUUUCUCUUUUGGGCGCUAAAUCUGCAUCGUCCAUCCAGGCGCUAAUAGUUCAGAAGCGUUAUCUCCCGCCUCCCCUUCUAGGUUUGCUUCAGUCCCAAAGUCAUGCAAUUGUUUUUUUGUUCAAAGGUCUGGUGAGUGGUACAAAGGCCGACAUUUUUGCCUUGGCACAUGUCGUCGGGCCCUAAGCUUAAAUAAUCUUGCUAGUUUUUCCUUCUUUUCGCUCCUUCCUUAAUCAAAAUACAUCCUUUUAGACCUCACAAACAAACAGAAAAUUUAAAGAAGAUUACUCAACUAGAAGGAGGAGGGCUGCAAAGUCUUAAAAUCGACGAUGAAAACAGUCCCAAUGAUCGAUAUAUGCAUUUUCCACCGGACCGUACUCUAAAAUCAUCAAGGUGGUUUUCCUCCUUUUUGCUCCAUUUUUGAUCAAAAUACCUCUCACAAAUGAAGAGCAGACGUGAAUAAAAAUGGUCAAUUGUAAAUAAACAGGCUUCAAAGAAUAGAUAUAAUUUGUUGCGCCCUGUAAGUUGAUUUUCGCGCAUCCGUUUGGCCGCCAUUUGGCCGCCAUUUGGCCAUAUUUUGCACAAAUCUGGCAGCUGAUCUACCAUGUUUUAAAGUUUUACAGAUUUCAUUGGAUUUGACUUUUCUUUUUGUUACGCAAUUGACCUGAAAGCUAUUUCGUUCUUGUGUUUUUGUCCGUAUUUGUCAAAAUUUUAACGGUCAGCUAGAUUUCGGCAAAGAUUUAAUUUUUCUUUUGGCACCAUUCUACAAUAUCUUUUACGCUGUUAGUCCGUAAAUUUAUCUGGCUUUGAAUAAAAGCUGUCUUGUAACCUAAUUUUUUUCUGUUGUUCUUAUGCAUAUGGAUUAGUGCUCCUUAGGUGAAAAAAUGAAGCAGAUUACAUUUUACCGGCCGCUAAUAACCUGCAUCAAUCAAAGAAAAUCAUGAAACAAAGCUUUCAUGUACGCAUAAACGCAAAUCGCUCAGACACUCCCCAACAAAACCGCUAGCUACGUAUACGCGGACCAGUUAUUAUUACUUCGUAUGAGAAUUCGCCUUUUUAUUCCUCAAAAAAUCCUCGACUCAGGAAAGUUCGUGUUAACGCUUCAACGGCGUCUAUUUUGGGGUAAAUUUUCUUUAACUCGAAUCUUUUGCCUUCACUCAAUAAACGUUCUGUUCAUAAGUCUGGGAGUUUAUUGGUUUGCUUUUUAAAGGAUGAUUCUGCUGUGAAAUUUCCCGUUCAAAAUGUGUUUUUUACGCUCUUUUUGCGACAGUAAAUGGCGAUUAAUUCAAUCCGUGACGCACGAGCCUUGUUGCUAUGCAACUUAAAAGCAAAGUUGAGACAGGAUAAUGUCGAUAAUGCAAUUUAAGAUGAAAUAGCAGACACACAGAGAGCAAAGACGUGAGCCUGUGUCGCUUUUCAUUUUUUGUGGUAGCACAUUUCACUCUAAAAGUUAGUCUUAUUCUUACCAGCCGCCUAACCACUUCAUCGACGUGGAGAACAAAAAAUGAGUCGUUUUUCCCUGUUUUCCCUCUGUUGCGCGGCGCUCAGUUGCACUUGAAAUAUUUUCAGAAUUCUUUUGCAGUUCCUUUUUAUAUAACUUUCAGGCAUAGCACGUAAAAGGGAUAAAUCACACAGACUAGUUAAAGGUUGCUCUCAGAUAAGGACCUACGCAGCGCGGCUUUAUCUUCAUUUCUGCGAUCCAGUUAUCUUGUCAAAUGGAACUGAAUGUAUUAGAGAAGGUAUUUUUGACCGUUUUUUAUACAUCUAUCUACAUGAUGACAGUUAAGUAAAAGAGAUAUGCCUGAUGCAUUUAUGUGCGCGAUUUUAGGUGUCUGUAGCACAGUUAUGACCUGCGGUUUAAAAUUAUUUUAACUUUAUCACAUGACCAGUGUGGCACAAUGGGCGCUUUUAUUGUAUGACAUAUAUAAGAAAAGUCCCCAUUUGAUUGCGCAAGCGGGGCUGGAAAAAAUCGUAGGACUUAGCGGGCAGCCGUGCGAGAAAGAUUGCCCGAAAAUUUUGUUGCUGUAACAAUCCUAAUAUUUCUUUCGAUGAUUUUUACUGUGAAUUGUAUCACCCAUAGAUUAUCCAUGGCAAUUUGGAAUUGCGUUCAAAGCGAUAGGAACCAGUUGAUCAUCGCUGGUAGAUGGAUAAAAUCUAAGGAGAAGGGAAAACGGAGAAAUUAGGAUGAUUAUGUGUAAACUAAAUCCAUAUCGGCUAAUUUAGGUAGGGCUAGACGGGAAAAUAUAUCGCCCGAGGUCACGACACUUGGACUGAGCUUAACGAAGUUCGAGCGUCAUAACUACCAGCCAAAUAUUUUCACGUAUAUCUCUCCCACUCAUGUAAUUCUUAACUAUCAUGUUGUGUGUCGCUCAACAUCGUAUAGCACUAAACUGAGUUCGUAUUCACUCAUUUGCUUUCAGCUUGUCCAAUGUCGUUACAUGUCUUUCUUCGUAAGACGAUAUUUCCUAAUUUGGUGUCAUCAUCUGCAUCGGACAAGAACCACACUGCCAGACAUGCAUGGCUCCAUGACAUUGCUUCUCUCAGAUCACUCAAGACACCUAAAAAGUAACAUAGAUAACUUAUUUUGUAGAAGCUGAUCUGACUUUUAAUCAACCUGCUCUCCUGUUAACUCCCAAAUCGAUUCCUACUAAACGUUUCGAAAUCCAAAUGUAGAUUUGAAGAUGAGGGAGCAGGUCAGCAUCACCUCUUCGGCGUUUUUUAAUAACCUGUGUGAUUACAAACACCAACAAAGGUUUUUCGCCGCGGUCUCUUUCGUUGGCCAGCUUUUUGGUGGUGUUUAGGCUAUGAUCCAGGCUCCCCAUUUGGUGGAAUAACUAAGUAAUCAUUUUAUGCAAACUCAAAUAUGCCUUCAAGCGUAAGUUUUGACGGGGUUGGCAAACACACCGGUCCAUUGUUGAGCAUGGGCAAUAGGAUCAACUUCCCCACAAAAUUUCAACCAUUUUUUUUUGAGCUUAAAACUCUUUAUGCCGUAACCCACCAGCUUGCACGGAUUUUCGUAACUCUAAGGAGACACCUAGUUCUGAAAGCACGCCUCGCAGCCGUUACCCGUUACAAAGUUCGUACAUACGCAGACGUUUGACGGCUUCGUGUGCCAGAAAGCCCUAUAUGCAAUUGACCUUUCAAUUGUUAAUUUGAUUAAUAGUUCCUGGUGUGCCUCAGGAAAUGGCAAGAAAGCAGAAUUACUGAUCCUGGAUCUUGGCUUUAGAGAUUAUUCCAUAUCAGCGAUUUCUACCCAAGGAGCAGUAACAGAAAAGAGUUGGGUCAGCAGUUAUCUCGUCUAUUUGAGAUCUCAACAUGAAUUUCUUUACCUACUUACUGAUGAGAAAGGAAACAUCAAGGUGGCUUUCAUGACAAACGUUCUAUGUAGUUACUUGAAGUUAGUCACCGAUAUCUACUCAUAUCUAAACUCAAGGAAAGUGGGCGCUAAGACCCGUUGUUAACAUUGUUUGUAGUGCGCAGUCGAAAGUGGAGGAAUUAUUGUCAUCCUAUCGUCAUUCUUUUUCUUAUCUUUCUAUUUAAUUCAUUUAUUUUACUUCUUUUCUUUUUUUAUUGAAAUUGGCAAAACUUUCUGCAACUCACUAAUGGUAAAAUGUUUUAGAUAUUUUUUCUUGUAGAGAAAUUCAAAGAUGGAGAAAUAAGUAAUUCAUUAACUCGUUAGAUCAUUAGUUUUCAACAACACCUACAUGACGCUUUUUUAGGAGUUUGAGGGAAAUAAGGACCAGUACUCUAUCGUCCGUCACUGGCUGAAGCCUCACUUGCAUGCUGCAAUAGUUGUUUUAUACCCUACAUCUUAUGUUGGUCGGAUGUGUAUGAGUGUCGAGAUAUAUGGAUGCCGCACUGACGACAUAUCCAUGUUGACACCGUUUUCAUCAAAGCAAAGGCAGCGAGAAGGUAAGACUUAUUAAAACUGUGAAGUUAAAAGCAUAUCAACGACUUUCAAAAUUUUCACCCCUUUUCAUUCCUACUGUAUGUGUCUCGAUGAUGGUAGAAUUUAAUUGACCAUUAAAAAAUUUAACAUGUCAUUUUUUCGCAGAACCAAUCCGCUGUAACCUGCCCAAACAGCCUGGUAAUUGUAAGGCUUCAUUUCCCAGAUGGUUUUUUAACAAGGAAACUAAACAAUGUGAACCGUUUAGUUAUGGUGGAUGCCAUGGAAACCUCAACAACUUUUUGUCUGAAUAUGACUGUUGGAAAGGAUGUCGAGGUAAAUGACAUGCCAGGCUGGCAAAUGUAGGUUAUUGACCACAACUUGUUGGUAUAGAAAAACAAGGUAUACGAAAGAUCUUAUGAUUUCACGCGCAUUAGAACCUCAGAGCUUCUAAAUACCCGAUCUCAGGGGGCAUAUCCAGGAGUUUUCGGAUAAUGACAUAUCUAAACCUUCAGUUGCUUUGGUAACUGCUACUGCUAAUGAUUGAUACCUUAUUGGAUAUUGCAUUUCUAGUGUUCUGAUUGGUUUAGUCAACUCUGGUUAUCAGCUAUUAACCCUACAAACAUUGUUGCUCGCGCGCGAUUAGUCUAAACGCCACACGUGAACGAAUAUGCGGUAGCUAAAACUGGCAAAUAUCCAACUAUGUACUCCAAGCGACUUACGAUGAGAGCCUUCGUUUUGCAUUUGAUUCAAGAUUAGAGAGCGUUAAGCUUUUGUUACAAAACGAGGGACGUUUCGUUUUUCAUGAAGUCGUAUCAGCGAAUACUGAAAGUAAACAUCCGCGCGAAAAACUCAAAGCUGUUCGUAAACAGUUUUUCCCGAGCGUAGGGAACAGUACCUCUUCCUGGAACAGUAUAUCUUCCUCGUAUCUUAUAGUUAUCCUCGAGCUUCGCUCUCUGAAAACCUUUCGCAUCUAGGAACACAUAAUGUUCGCAGACAAACAUCAAAUGCAUAUUUUCACGCUUGCUUAAUGGCAGCUUUUGUUUAUAUAUACUGAAUCACCAUUUGCGGAAAAUGAUUCACCUAAGUGUUGCCAUCUUGAAUUUACUUUUGGCUGGAAGCGAACACUUCUCCCGUGUAUUGGAAAUAAAGUAAAAUAAAUAUUAGUCAAUGUCAUCUUGGGAACAAAAUUGUAAAGUUCUUAAAGUAAGUUAUAACAUAAUUGAAAAGUACGUAUCUCUGAACUUUCAACUACAAAUUUUGUACUUGACAUGAAUGUUUUAUGGUCUGGAAAAAGUAAAACGCUGUCACAAAAAAAAAAAUUUGGAAUGACUUGCAAGUUUUGCCUUGAUAUUUCCAGGCUCUAUCAGGACGGUUAGUUACAAAAGUUCACCCUUGAAGGCUUCUCGAGUAGCCAUAAUAUUGGUUUCUUCCGUUCCCUAUCGCACAGCUAAACAUUUGUAAACGUGCACAUCAGGAUAAGCUAAGAGUUUUACAAAUUGACCGAAUACAUGUCUCAGAAAGUUUGUAAAGUUUGCCGGGAGCGAGAAAUUGAGUUCAGGGUAUCUUUCAACAAAAGCUGUCCUCGAUCCCUUCCCUUGCUCGGAUCAAGUUAAAUAAAAUUCUUGAGCAAACUGCGCACAACUUCGUCAAUUAAUGUUUGUGUAACAAUUGUAUCACCUACACAAAACAUAAUCUCGUUAUAACCGGAUUGUCCGUGAUUAAGAGAUUGAGUCUACAUGGGUUUCGUUCUCUCGGGCCGUGAUUUAGUGUCCGUUUUCUUUAUUAAAAACGUUCCACCUUUUACGGGUUUUUUAUUUCUUUUUAAGAAAAAAAUAAUGAAUCCUUAAGGACAUGAGAAACUUGCCGAGAUUGAUAGGUGUCCGUAUGACAAGAGUCUUCGUAAGAAAAGGCUCGACACUAUCUUUUUCACCCUCUCAAUGUAUCCAGCAUUUAUAGAUUGCAAGAAAAGGUGUCAUCCCACUUUCUCUCGCUGCGUGAACAACAACAGAAGCGAAGAGGAAUGCGAGUGCAUUCAGGAAUGUCCUAAGGUGAUGAAAGAAGUUUGUGGCUCAGAUAAUGUGACGUAUGACAACGAAUGCCUGUUGAAGAAAGCAGCCUGCGAAAAAUACACUGAAAUAGAGAUCGUGGAUAAAGGACCCUGUACAGGUAUGUAACCAAACUGUUUGGCGUGGUAUAUUCAAGCCGGCCUACAGCAGACACGAAAGGAAAAACCUGAGUUAUAAUUCUCAAGACAUCUAAUGGUGAACAAAAGUGACGCUAAUUUACAGUGAAUAAAACGAAUUCGAAAAAAAGCUAACAUCCAUACACUGAAUUAAGGCUCAAUGCUUAUUCAGAAAGAGAAGAGAGGAGGAGAAACCCAAUGAGCAAGACAUUAUUUCAUGGCCCUCAUACUUUAAAGAUUGCCAAACUCCCUAUUCCGGCCGCCACGACAAACGACAAAUGUUGUGUAGCCUGUGCUAUGUGGGUGCGCGAUAUCAAUAGCAGCGGCGGUGCUGCUUCUAUUAUUUAUAUACCUCUUUCCCAAUUGUCUCAGAAUUCUUUUUCCCAUUCCACUCGCAGCCUUGCAGCUUUUCCUCAGAGAUCCCAUAAAACCGCUAACUAAGUGGGUUAUUGAUAUAUGAACACUCCUUAGCCCGUUCUACGACGCUAGCGAAGGACCCCCUUGUUUAAAAAAUUCUGUCCUUCUUUCUUAUGUCACCUUGCACUUCAUAACAACUAAGCUCGAUCUUAUUUACUCCUUAGAAGCUUGCACGUCAUCACUGGGAUUGGAAAAUGGACAAAUAAGAGACAAGCAGAUCUCGGCAUCCUCAGAACUUGACAAACAGCACGCCGCUAAACAGGGAAGGGUUUCCCUUAGCAGCUCUCCUCAAGACAGGUAAACGAUGAAAGAAUGACAUAAGGUUAAGGUUAGUCCCCUUUUAGGGUUCGAGUCUUUUGGCUCGAGCGGGAUUCAAGCUUGCGAAGGUAAGAUCGCAAAAAAAGUAUUAGCGAAUUUCACGAGAUAUUGAUAUUGGUUCAGGUUAAUACCGGGCCCGGCUAAUCGGGAAACAGAAGUAUUUUGCAGCGAAUCCAAUAUUACGGAAAGUAAUAGCUGUUGUUGUCUUGCCUCCAGCUCCUGGUGCAGUGCUCCAACUCUUGACAUGGGCACACAAUAUCUACAAGUGGAUUUGCUGUCAGUCCAUAUUCUGUCAGGGUUUUCUACCCAAGGCGCCGUCACAGAAAAUUUUUGGGUCAGCAGAUAUCAUGCUCGUUACAGCUUGGAUGGUACUGAUUGGAUAUUAAUCGAGGGUCACGAAGGAAGAAUCAAGGUGACUCUUAGAGAAUUUUUACGUUCAACUUCCUAAUAGUUAACCUUUCACAUCACACUCAAAUAUAGCCAUUGCCAGAUACUACAGACAUGAUUUCAUGAGUCCUUUCGUAAGAAAGCCUAAAUAACUCCUCACGCAAUAAAAUUCUCAGAAUAUCAUAUCGUUAGAAGUAAAUUUUCUAACACUCGUCGUUUGGUAAGUUAAUUCUUCUUUAUUCUCUUUCUUCACAAAUUAAUACAACGGGGACUAGCUUCUGUCUGACAGGGAAAACUAGAGUCUCCGCUUAAAGGUGACACUGCUGAUGACAUUUCUAAGCCAUCAAUCUUCUUGUGUCAUCAUCGUACCAUCUCAACUAGCGAAUCACGCUUGACUACGUAUUACAGUUCCCACAUACUGAGUAUGCACCUUCGAGUUGUUUACGCAGUUACAAAAUCAAUUUCUAACUUAAUUUUCAUAUCUUUACGGUUGAGAUCGGCCAAAACAGAAACGAGAUCGAUAGUAUAAAAAUUACAAAUAAUCUUGGUUCUGAGUAUUAUUUAUACCUGAAAGGGUAUCUUAAGAGAAAAUCACCUUUAAAGAUUGUUACAUAACAACAUCUUGGUCACAAGAGUUAAAGAAGAAAGGCGCUCACAAUUACCGCCCCCAAAUUGCUUUUGGUUGCGAAACAUGAAGGAUAUCAACUGUUUACCCUUAAAUUACCUCUAGGAACACGAAGGUGUCGAACGCGACCUAUUACCAGGGAGAUUUACUCUUCCUGGACUAACAAUUAAAUUAGUAAAUGACAUGGCUUAUCGCGAGUUCCAUGUCAACCUCACGAUCACAACGAGGAAAACGUGAUUAAGCUCACCAGGAGAACGUGGCCAAACUCACAAGAAGAACGUGACCAAACUCAACCUUUAAGAUAAGACCACCAAGAAGGAGUAAGAAGUAAUCAACCUGCCCUUUUUAUAAUUUGCAUUAAAUGACUUAAAAUAAUAUAAUAUUUCCAUUCCUUUCUUUCCGACACCAGUACAAGGAAACCUUUACGAUAUUGUAGAUGAACUAUAAUUGUAAUUUUAUCAUUUAACAAUAUGCUUAAAUUGAAGGGAAAACUGUUUAAAAGAGUCUUGAGGUUUAUCCUAAAUUCUUUAUUAAUUGUUAAGCCUUGUCUGUGAAAACGGCUCUGAUGUUGCUGUUUUUUUGCGUGAAUUUAAUAAGUUUUCCUACUAAGAAUAAAAUAGAAAGAGUUGGCGUAUAAAAGACACUCAACUGACCACAAGUAAUUAAUUGACUCCUCAAUUAAAAUCCUCAUAAACACAGAAAACUUUAGAGAUGGAGAAAAAAACCAUUCAGUUAAACGUUAGACCAUCAAUGUGCGACCUUGACCAACUGAAUUGCCUUUUCAAAUCUAAAAGGAAUUUAAGGGAAAUACGAACCAGUCCUCUAUCGUCCAUCACUGGCUGAAGCCUCGUCUCGAAGCUCGUUUCGUUCGUUUCUCUCCUACCUCUUUUUUCGGUCAGCGGUGCAUGCGUGUAGAGCUUUACGGUUGCAAAGAGUCGCACUUAUACACGGAUGAAGGUAAGAUUUGUCACAAACUGUGUGGAUAAACUGCUAAUAAAAUGUUUUUGACAGAUCAGAUUACCAUUUGGAAUCUUAAACGCAGUCAGUGCCAUUGUUUUGAAAAUACUUUAGACGGUGAUGGAAAGUAUGUGGGUUCUAAAGCACUUGUCUCCUCUAAGUUGCAACACUGGCCAAUUCUCUCCACCCGAGAAUAAAACUUUUUUCUUAUGAACUACGGUGCUAUACAAGGUUUCCUAACCCUGAGAAAAGUCUUAACACACGUGAAAAAAAAAAUAUAUUUUUUCACGUGUUUUUAAUAUCGCCAAUCAGCUGCUGAAACGUCACUCGCCUUUCGCGCCACUCGGUCAUGUUGAUGAAUGAAGAACAAAGCCUUUACCAUUCUUAAUCCAAGCUCGUUUGUCGGAUUAUUUUCGGAUUAUGGCUGCUAAAAAAAUGAAAAAUCCGUAUCGCUUACAGACAGUGACGUUCAAACUUUCAUAGAAGAGGAAGAAAACCAAAAUACGAAAAGAAAAACCGAAAGUUACUUGUUCGUAUUUCAUGGCCAUUCUCGUGGCUCAGAACGAAAAUCGACAAUUGAAAGAUUUGCUACAGGCUUAUUUUGGCCGUGUACCUGAAAGAUUUCUCCUGUCGGUAAGGACCAAUUCAGUAACUGAGAAUUUUGUAUACUGAAAAUUAGACCCAUUUUUUUUUUUUGGAGAUUCAACGCCUGUUUUCUUCUUUAAUGCACCAAUUCAAGGAUUGUCGAUCCUUUUAUUUUCAUUCAUUAAUAAAGUCGACUUUUUUGGUCAAUAAAGGGCUAUUGUGUAUAGAUGAUAAAUAAAAUAAUACACGGUUGCUUGUGGAGAUGAAAUUUCAAAAUAAACAUUCGAAGAGAAAUUCCAUAUCUACGCGCGUCUGUCUAUUAUUCUCUAUAUCUGUUCCAUAAACUUCUGCAGUUUUCAAAGAUGGCGAAAAUUUGAAUUUGCUUGUGUUCCGGAUAUAAGUUUUUUUACAAGCUCCAGCAGUUCCCAGAUGUUCUAAGUUUAAAAGUUUCAAUUACAUUGUCACCUCUUAGGCUGCAACAAAAAGUGUUCUCCGUUUUCUCGCUGCGUGAAGCACAAGGGAAACGAAGAAAAAUGCGAGUGCAUUCAGGAAUGUCCUAAAGCUGUGAAACAAGUUUGUGCCUCGGAUAAUAUGACAUAUGACAACGAGUGUCUGUUGAACAAAUCAGCUUGCGAAAAGGAAGAAGAACUAACUUUGGUGAAAAACAGAGCUUGUGGAGGUAUUUCUUUUUCAAAGAAGCUUUGUGCUAUGUCUGAAUCAUCAGAUGCACCUCUGGAGUAAAUGUGAACCAAAAAAAAUAAAAACUGUAUAUUUUCUUGAUGUAAACGGUAAUCUAAUUCAUAACUGAUUUUAUCUACUUUUCUUGUAAUCCUAAAAACACAUUCUAUUGGUCUGAUACGAAAAUUCCUUUUUCUCACACCAGAUGCAAAAGUGUUCACAUUUUUAGUCUUCUCUGAUGAUUCGGCAAGAAGCUUGAAGACUCACAGCUCACACAUAACGAGAAUUACUUAAUUCACUCGUACCCUUCGACUCCAUGUCCUCGGGUGAUUGUUGAUACAAAGAGGACACACUAUAUUUAUUACUCUAUGAGUGUCGUUGUCACAACGGGCAAUCAGAAAAAGGGGAAAUAGUUUACGAGCCAAUCAGAACUCGGAGUAAAACCAACCAAACGGCCUAACGCGCGGGAAAACGUGAGGGACCAAACCAAGAUGCGUUUUAGCUUUGCGUCUGAUUGGUUGAGAGAGUGGCGGUUUCUGGACCAAUCGCAGAGCAAAGUAAUGCAAAACCCAAGUUAUUCCGGAUUACUACCGUCACUCAAUAGAAAAUGUCUCAAUUAUUCUAACAAGCAUAUUUCUAACUUGCCUGGCAGGUAUCUGAACAAAUAAUAUUCCAAAAGGUUUUGGCCAGUUUCUGUUCCAUUUUAGCAACUGCUAUUUCGCCAAGAAUACUCCCUGAAUGUUCGAGGUUUUUAAAACUACUUUAGGAAAGGGAUGAAUUUCUUGAUCUCACUGCCUAUUUUUUCUUUCUUUCUUCAGCACCACUUUAUGAGGUUAAUUCUCAAGAGAAUUUGUCUAGUACAUUGAAGACAGUUUACAUCUUCACUCUUUUAUCAGUUAUUGCACUA